UUUCAGCUGAUGAACAAGAGCAGCCAGGACAAGAUCUCCUUCGGGCAAGCAAGCGAAACGAUGGGAAGCCCCAAGCUAGCAAUGGGCAAGAGGAAGAUAGACAUCGCUAAUUCUAAAUACCCAUAUUGCAUGGUCUGGACCCCACUGCCUCUGAUAUCAUGGAUCUUACCUAUGAUAGGCCAUACAGGGAUUUGUGGUCCUGAUGGAGUUAUACAUGACUUCGCAGGUCCAUAUACGAUCUCUAUUGAUGAUAUGGCCUUUGGAGAACCCACUAAGUACAUCCCACUUGAACUAGAUGAUACUAAUAUUGACAGAUAUGAGGAAUGGAUAGAAAUCGCAGAUGAGAAGUUUAGUCGGAUGAAUCAUAAUCUCUGUUGCAAUAACUGCCACAGCCACUGUGCCUAUGCUCUUGAUUUGAUGAAGUACAAAGGCAAAACAGGAUGGAACAUGAUUGAUAUCUGGUGGAUGUUCAUGACCAAAAGCAAGUAUGUCAGCUUCGGUAGAUUCAUUCAGUGCUAUAUCGGCUUCUUCAUCAUGCUCCUGAUUGUUCUCUUCUUCAUGUUCAUUGCCAGAGUAGCGUAAAUUCUAGAGUUAAUUUGUUUCAAUGAUUUCUA